AUGUUCAGGAAUUCCUUGUCUCUUGUUCGACGCGAAGGCCUCCCCAAUCGAUUUUCGUUGCCGGGUGGUCAAACACAUCCUAGUGAACUCAUGGUAUGCCAUGAACUUGCGGCUUCUCUGAUGAUUCGGUUUCAAGGACAAGGAACAGUAAUUGGCCUUGAAGAAGCGGUGGAGCUCUUUCGAAGGUUAUUGGAACUUUAUCACGGAAUCACUCCUCACUACUUCGUCGUGCUGAGCAACUUUGCGGGUUCACUACAUGCUAGUUUUCUUCACUCCGGCAGGAUUCAAGAACUCAACGAGGCUAUCGAGCUGUACCGUUGUUCCAUUAGCGUUUCUUACUCCGAUGAUUGGCGUCUUCGACCCGGAAUACUGUCAAGUUUUGCUAAUGCUCUAAUCUCUCGCUUCCAUCAUUAUGGGCGGAAUGUCGACUUACAUGAAACGAUAAUCCUGUAUCACACAACAGUUAAUCUUCUCCCUGAGGGUGACUCUCGUCGUGCCCGAUUAUUAGAAGACCUUGCACACGCCGAAUGUGCCCUGGAUGGUCUUGGACAAGACGAAAUCCCGAACAAUGCAAAUCCCGCCCAGGAUAUAGCGCGUAUUGAUUCUCACAAGCUUGAACGAGAACGAGCAGUAAACCUUUUUGACCCCCUUUGCGUUCAAAAGUAUAGGGAAUUUACGUAA